AAAUUAAUAAAAAAUCAAUAUCGAAUCGUACAUUUCUGCAUUCAAGAAGAGACUACCGCAUAGAUUGUUAAGUGAGAAACAGCGACGACCAAGGGAAGCUGUUCUUCCAAUCUGUUGAUUGCCUCCCUCUGACGAAAGUCGCAUGAGAACAUGUGGAUGUAACAGAUUACGCGUGUGCAAGAGAGUGCAAGCAGACGAUAUUACCCCAAAAUAUGACGAAGCUAUGGAUUAUUACAUGAAAGGGGAUAGUUUUGAACGGGAGAAAUAUGGAAUAUCUAGAAGAUGUUAAUCAUUGUAGUAUGAGAUAAUUUCAACAAAUUUAAAUUACGGAAAGUAAAGAAAAAUGUUUUGACAUAUUGAUACAGACGACAUAAUAGAUAAAGGAUGCUGUCUAGUAUACUAUAGCGAAUAUAACAAUCACGGUAAGGCAAAUUAGAACAUGUUUUUUUCGAAUUUAAUAUCAAAGCGCGAAUGUUUUUUUAAUUGAACCUGAUGAUAAGUAGGAUCUCGGAUCCUAGUAAUAGGUCUCUCUUUCCAAAAUUGUCUGUCUACCGGAAUUUGAGGAGUCGGUGAGUGAGGACUCGGCAAUUGACAUGGCAUCUGUUGCCGCCUGGUUGCCGUUUGCACGGGCCUCGGCCAUAGGAUGGGUACCUGUGGCCCAAAAUCCUCUUCCUCAACCAAUUGUUCAAUCGGGACAACCGUCAUCUACAAACUUAAAAAGAGGAGAUGACAGAAUAACUAUAAAUGUAAGCGGAACAAAAUUUGAAACCUGGAGAACAACUCUUGAGAAAUAUCCAGAUACAUUAUUAGGUUCAAAUGAAAAAGAAUUUUUCUUUGAUGAUGAAAAUAAGGACUACUUUUUUGAUAGAGAUCCAGAACUAUUUAGGCAUAUUUUAAAUUACUAUAGAACUGGCAAAUUACAUUAUCCAAAACAUGAAUGUAUUUCAUCAUACGACGAAGAACUAGCAUUUUUCGGUAUUAUGCCCGAUCUUAUAAGAGACUGUUGUUAUGAGGAUUACAGAGACAGAAAAAGAGAAAACCAAGAAAGAUUGUUGGAUGAUAAAGGGUCUGAAAAUGACGAGCUUGACCCAGCAAAAAACCUCAGGGAGCGAUUUUGGAGAGCGUUUGAAAACCCUCAUAUUAGUACUGCAGCUUUAGUUUUUUAUUAUGUCACUGGGUUCUUCAUAGCCGUAUCAGUACUAGCUAAUGUUGUAGAAACUAUUCCCUGUGGUAGAAUACCUGGAACAGACAAAUUCCCUUCGUGUGGGGAGCGCUAUGAAGUUGCUUUCUUUUGCUUAGAUACCGCUUGUGUGAUGAUUUUCACAGCCGAAUAUCUUCUUCGUUUUUAUGCAGCUCCAGAUAGAUGUUUAUUUUGUCGUAGUGUCAUGAGCGUCAUUGAUGUAGUAGCUAUUCUUCCAUAUUAUAUUGGACUAGGAAUCACGGACAACGAUGACGUAAGCGGGGCAUUCGUCACACUUCGAGUUUUCCGAGUAUUCCGUAUUUUCAAAUUUUCUCGACAUUCACAAGGAUUACGUAUAUUGGGAUACACAUUAAAAAGUUGUGCCAGUGAAUUAGGAUUCUUACUAUUUUCUUUAACAAUGGCCAUUAUUAUUUUCGCCACAGUGAUGUUUUAUGCAGAAAAGAAUGUUCCCAACACGAAGUUCACAAGUAUCCCGUCUGCAUUCUGGUAUACAAUAGUAACCAUGACUACUCUUGGUUAUGGUGAUAUGGUACCUCAUACAAUUCCUGGUAAAGUAGUGGGAGGUGUAUGUUCACUUAGUGGUGUCUUAGUUAUAGCAUUGCCAGUACCUGUUAUAGUUUCUAAUUUUAGUCGAAUUUAUCAUCAAAAUCAACGAGCAGAUAAACGAAAAGCUCAAAAGAGGUUGGCAACAAGCAAAGCCAGAUUAGCACGUAUAAGAAUGGCUAAAAAUGCUAGUGGGGCUGCCUUUAUUAGUAGUAAGAAACGAGCAGAAGAAAGAUUACGGGCUAAAGAGAGUGGUAUAGAACUAGACGAUUGUCAAGAAAAUUUCUUAGAAAUGCAACAUCAUCAUCUACUCAGCUGUUUAGAGAAAACAACGAUCAAACAAAUACAAGAUUGUAAACGGAAAACAAAUACUAUGAGACACCAUAAUGAUUCAGAACACGAGGAGUUAAAUGAUAUUCAAGUUAGAAUACCAACUACAAACCGGUCGUCUCGUUCCAGUCUAAAUGCAGUUGGUAAUGUAAACAAUAGUAAAUCAAAUAACCUUACUGUUACAACUGCAAUAGUAAAUCUACCAACUCCAAGCACAACGCCGGAAAUGGAGACACAAGGCACAAGCGGGCCAAUGGUGCAACCACCUUCAUAUACGCAGACGCAAGCUCAUAACCCGGAAAGUGUAAGAAUCUCAACGUUAUGAUGAGAAGUGUUAGUAUGAGAAUGAAACCGUUUUGCUCAUAGUCUGUGAUUUUAUCGAUUGAAUGUGAUACAGAAGAAUUAUUUCAAAUAGUUUUGAAUGGCUGAAAUUAUGUCGAGAUGUUGUCAAGACCAGGAAAAGUAUUUUCUAUUCAGAAGUUAGUAGAAUACCGAUAGAACAAUCAAAACUGGAGGAUAAUGUUUUAAAACCAAACACAAUAAAUACAAUUGUUGGUAAAUUGAAAGAUAAUAUCCACGUUUUAAUCAUGAAUGAUGUGUUUGAACCUCCAUUUGUGCACAAUCCCAAUGAAAGUGAUAACGAAAUUGAUGGCCUAAAUCGGAAUGUUUCACUUUGAAUGGUCAAACAAAAACCUGGUGUUUUUCCUUGGUUGGAAAAAAGUGACACCUAUUCAUUUAAUAAUUAUGUAUGAUAUUUACAAUACUUUUUUUUACAUUUUCAUACCAUAGAAAUUUUCCUGCUCACAUAUUCUACGUAAAUGGUUAGCGUUUGUAUAUGAAGGAUGGAAGCACAAAGUUAGAUGUGGAAUAUAUGAAGUUCAUUAUAAUGUACAUUUUUAUAUAAUUGUUAUUUAGAUUUUUCAUAUCCAUUGUACCAUAUUUGUCCAAAACAAUCCAAUCAAAACAAUAUCACUGUACAGUACAUACGUUCAUUAUUUCUGUACGUUGUUAAACAUUUUGCAACGCUUGCUACUUUCAUUAUAAAGAUUUUGUAGUGUAAUUAGAAUCAUUUGUAAAUUCAAUUUUUGUAUCAAAAUAAAUAUCCUAAUGCAAACGGAUCCACAUUUCGGAAAUUAUUAAGAUUUAGAUGAAGCUAAAUUUUUGGUAAAAUGUUGGAAAUUAUUUCCUUCUGACUCAUUUAUGAGGGUCUAAUCUUUGCCUUGUCUAUUUACAACUAUUGCAAUAGUGCUGUCCUAUUUUAGCCUUCAAUCGAUAAAGUUUAUUUUAAAAUUAUAAUAAUUACUCUCUAAAUGUCUCUUUUGGUGUUAUUGGUUUUAAGUGUUGAUGUUAAUUUGACAUAUACCCGACAUCUAUUCAUAUACACUAUACACACUAUAGAAUUAAAACGACUUCAGUUCUCUGAAUUUCCAAUCACUUAUAUGUUAUGCGGAUGUCAGACCAGAAAUUGAAAAGACAAUCAGAAACAGAUUGAUCAUACUUAAUAUAUUCAAAACAGAAGGACAGAAAUGUUUACAUAUUGUAAAGAGUAGAGCCAUUUCUUAGAUAGAUGAAAGUUAGAAUUGUUUAAUUGUCUGCAAAACAAUAUCAUGAAUUACAUAAAAACACUACAUUUUUGUAGGUAAAAAAGGUAUAUCUGACAUUGAUUUGUUCGACACCUUUCUCAAAGUUUAUACAUAUAUAUAAGAUGUGUUGUUCUUUUUUUUUUACAAGAAUCGCGUGCACCAUUUUACCUAUUUACGCAUAUAUUGCACUUAUCAAGGGUUUGAAUGUUUACUAAAAGGUUCAUUGUGUGUGACUGUAAUAAUGAUUGAAUGACAUUUACAUUAUUAUAAAAGUGCUUUGUGUAUACAUAAUUAACGUGCCAAAAGACAAACUGCAACUCUGACAAAAAAGUAGCAUGAUAGCAACACGGUUAAAGGAUUAUUUAUGUACGAUGUAGAAGUUUAAAUAUGAUCACACUAACUUUUUACAUUGACUGCUUCUCCUGUUUUCUGAUGGGAUUUUUUUCCAAAUAUAAACCGCAUAUAAAAUAUCUUUCGAAAACAAAUUUCCCAUACGGAUAUAACGGUGUUCCCUCAUGGUAGCAUUAAAUUUUCCCUUUUCUUGGUGCUUUGUCUUUUUAACAUCUAAAUUAUAUAUUUAUUCAUCAGUUAUUGCUUGUAACGCCCCGUCAAGAGCCAGAAGCUUUCUUCAUAUACCCUCUUAUACUCCACUGACUACAAACAGAAAUAAAUGGCUAAUUUAACUUAUUGAUAAAUUCAAUUUCUGUUUUUUACUCUUUAGCAAAACAGGCCAUUGCGGUUAAUAUUUUCAAUUGUUAUAAACAUUAGACUAUAAAUAUAUAUAUUUUAUAGUUAUUUUUGUCAUCUUUUUUUAUUGUAAUAAUUGACAAAAGCUCUGUAGAUAUUUGCGUUUUAGUGGAAAAUUUCGGAAAAAUUGAUCAUUUGCACCCAGUUGUGUAUAUUUUAAGAUAUUCAGACUGUAGUGAAGAAAUUAUUGAUUUGUCUCCAAGACACUAGCAAUCAAAUCAGUAAUUGGUUUAACAGAUUGCCAGUAUGCGACAGAACUAUGUGUAAAAUAUUGAAUCUUUAACAUAUGACUACAGGUUAAUACUAUUACAAUUUUUGAAAACCAGAUCUGACCACCAGGCGAAUGUCUAGUCGUUUAUAAAUUCACUGCAAUUAAAGGGAAAUGUCCUAGAAUAACGUUUAGCUUCUUUUUGUUUGUAUAUAACCUGAUUUACACAAUGAAUUAUAAUAUGUGCUGUUCUUAUUAAGGAUAUGUAUGUAUACUGAAAGAAGAAUUUGCGAUAGAUACUGUUAGGCUGAAAAUAAAAUCGUAUUUCGUUCGGGGUAGAUUUCUGUAAUCAAAGUAAGAAAUCUGUUCUUGAUUUCAUUAAAAGUGUUGUCAAUAUAUAAUAUAUCUGAUUCCCUUUAACUGUAUACGACAUAUGACUAUGAGAGAAGAAGAAAUUGUUCUGAACUUUAGUUCAUUCGUCAUGUUUUGAUUUGAAAAUUCCAAUUGAUGUAUAUUCUCUUGAUUUUAGAACCUUCCCACACAAUCCGAGUGAUGUCCCAUACAGACUUCUUGAUUACUUAAACAUUAACGAGGCUAAUAUUUUAUUAAUAUAUUUGUAUCGAUAUGAAAAACAUAAUUUGCAAUCAUGUCUGAUCAUUGCAUUAUGAUUUGAAUAGUCUGCCCCUUGAACGUAGUAUAUUCAUAAUAGAAUAUAUAAGUAAGAAGAUGUGGUAUGAGUGCCAAUGAGACAACUCUCCAUCCAAGUCACUAUGUAUAAAAAGUUAACAAUUAUAGGUCAAAGUACGGCCUUCCGUAGAAACCUGUAUCGUGUAUAGUAUUCAAAUGUCAAGUGAAGGUAUCAAAUUUAAGGGGAAAUCAAUUUUGUUUGGAAUAUCUAUGUAAUAUUAAUCAAUGAUUCCUAUUUCAGAAAACACGACAUGUGUUGACAGAAUGACCUUCACCUGGCAUGCUCUGGAACCCUUAGUACAGACACGUCUGUCAACAUUAUAACAUAGGGCUAUCUAAUACCUUAAUAUAGCCCAGACAACUUGCCUGAGGGGGAUUGAAAAAAUAGUCUUUGUAUAAUAUUUCAAUUUUCGAAUAUCUCUAGACAUUUUGAUAUUUUUAGAUAUUUUGUCAGGUAGUUUUUUUCAAAUGAAGUUAAAUAUGGCAAAAAGAACUAGGAUGUGAUUCUUUAUCGAAUUUUCCAUCGUAAUAUGCUUAAACUCUAUUUUGUUUUAUAAGAAUCAGGCAGUGGUGACAAACAAAAACCCACUCAAGUUUACAUUAACGUGUGUUCAAAUUGGAUAAUGGUGCACGAAUAUAACAUUCGUUUCCUUUUAUUUUUCUUGUAUUUCAAGAUAUAAUUUGGUUGAAAUGCACUAGAAAUUGACAAUUAAGAGGAGCUAAUUCCGUAAUUUGCUAUCAUUCUAACCAAACUUUAUCUAGAGAUUUCUAAAAUUAUCAGGCACGCAGAAACGAAAAAAGACCUACCAUUCUAACUCAGUAUGAAAGUAACUUCAUAAUAGAAUGGUUAGGAGGGUAUUUUUUUUUCGGUCAUGUUUUGAAAUUCUUUUAAAUUGGCUGAUUAAGAUUCAAUCUGGCAUUUAAUAACCAUAGUCUUUUCAACAAGGAUAUUUUCAUAGUCUAAACAGCUGAUUCAAAUAGUGAAUGUAAGGAUAGAUUUAUUUAAUAAAAAUAUAGAUGAUGAAAACACAAUCAUCCACAUGAACGCCAAAAUACUUUCCCAUAACUGAAUAUUUCUUGCAUAUAUAUUGCUUGUCCUUAUUAGAUAUGAGAUGAUUUUGAUUUAUUUUUGUAAUUAUCAUUAAAGCAAUAUGAGACUGUUUUUAUAAUAGAAGUUUAAUAUAAUUAUAUACAUUGUAAUUUGAAAUAGUGCUGUUUAAAUACCUUUUUCCAGUGGUUAGCAUCAGAUACCGUUGAAAAGGUCAGAAUCAGUGUUUCAAUUCACAACAUUGGGUAAAAUUGAGCGACCUUCUUUAACAUUCUACCCUGUAUCAAUUAUCACUUAAAGAGUGGGUGCCAAUUAUAGGUAUUGAAAUUGUGUUUCUUUAAGUAAAGGUAUGUGUACAUAGAAUAGUUUGUCAAUUAGAAAAAAAAUACUACUACCAAAACGACUCCUCUUAAUGGUAAUGAUAAUUAUGAAUAUUGUUUUCGAAAGAAGUGUUUUUAUAACAGAUCGAUAUCGAAGACUUCCUAAAUAAAAAAAAAAAACUUUUUUGGAUUUUUCAUAUUUUACAGAACUUCUAAAAUAGCGCAUAAACAUAAUAUGAUGUUGCAUUGACUAAUGAACUUAGGCGCAUUGUUUGAUCUAGUUAGCUAUUACUGGUUUGUUUUUUAAAAGAAAUUUCGACAAAGAUAUCUGCCAUGUCCAGAUUAUUCUAAAAGAGUUACACAGAUGUUUAGAAAUAAUCUUAGAUAGUAUAUUUAAAUGUGGUUCAUGCGAUGACUAAUAAGCGAUUUUGCAUUGACGUUUUAUUUAUUCUCCUUGUUUGUGAUAAGCUCAAUCAAAAUUGUUUUAGGUUAGAAUUUACUUGUAGAGAUAGUUAACUUGUAGUUGUACAGUGGUUUAAAAGUCUGUUUCAUAAUACACCACGUGACCCUUAUAAGCCCAGAAUAUUUGAAUAUAAGUAAAAUCAUUACUUAUGUUCUAUUCUAAAAUUUCGGCAACAGUAUUUUAUAGCAGCAAUAUAUAUAUAUAUAUGUAUAUAUGAAAAAGUCAGUUUUAUGGAUUAUAUAAAUGAUGGCAAUUCCUUGCAAUAAUAGUCUGUUGUAAUGUGUUCUGGCUACGCUAAGGAGGUUUACAUAGGUAAAGAGAAACAACUCUUUAAAAUCAAUAAUACGUUUGUGUCAACAAUUUUUAUUAAUAUAUUAUAAACUUCUAAGUAACACCGAUAUUUUAAUUGCCGUUUCACGUGAGUGAGUUAAAACACGUUGGUGAAAUAGACUAUUGCAAACGCAGUAGUGAUUUACAGAUUUAUCUCAUUUUAACCUAAGUCUAACCGUCAAAGUAUAAUUGUUUGUAUAAACUACAAAAAGCUGAUUAAGCUGAUUAAGAAUAAAUACAAUUGCUGCCUUGACCGCUCUCUAAGUACAUCAGCUAUGUCUAAAGUAUAAGUUACUGAAAUGUUGAUUGCCAAAACUGCUAGUUUAAUUCAUGGUUUAUUGUGCCUUUUGGGUAAAUAUCAAGUUUAAGAACCAGACUUGGCAAUCCAUGCAACAGAACAAAUCUGUUAUGUGAAUGAGCAAAUACUGCAUGUAGAACCAUAUUUUUUUUAUUGUACAAAUAACAGUUAAUUUGUUUAAUUAUUCCAUAUGUAAUAUAUUUAUCUAUAUUAGAAAUGUUGACACCAUUUGCUAUGUUUGUCAACAAUACUUUGCAAUAAUGGUAUGUCUGUGAGAGUAAAACACGACGUGUGCAUUUAUUGUGUGACAUACAAUUAUAACCCAUGUGUAGCAAUUGAACAACCAUGAGUAUUUUUAUUCCUUGUCAAUAAGUUGGCUCAAUUUUAUGAAUGUUGUUUUUAUAUUAUUUGAAAAGCUGUGAUUUCAUGUUAAACAAGACAUCCCAUAAUUUCAAUGCUGUGCAGUGUUUUGUUAUGUUAUAGAUACAAAUUCAUGUUUGAGUGUAAGUAUGUAUGUAUUAUGAAAGAAUUUAUUUAUUUGUUAUAAAUGCCUUUGUUUUGAUACCCCUCUCUUGAGUUGGGUUAAGAACAUUUCUAAAAGUUAUACUAUGAAAUGGUAUUCUCGUGACUGAAUAAAACUUAUAGUUCACUCAGGCCCUACAUAGAUUUGUGAAUAAAUGUGUUAUUCGGUUACCCUUUCUUGAAAAAAAAUAAUCCAAUAAAUAUGCUUUCCUCAAUUUAUUUUCAAUGAUUAAAAUAUGUAUUUCAUUAUUUUUACAAAUCUUUAAUUCAGUCAAUUUUUACUAUUGUAUUAUGCAUUCUAUAGAAUGUCCUUAAAAAUGCAGACUUACCAUUACAUAUGAUCGUAUCAUUAAUCAAAAUUAAUAAAAUUCAAAAUUAAGUAUUCCAAAUCAACGUUGAUUAUAUUUUGGCAGCGAUGUAAACGAACUUUACCUUCCAAUAUUUGAAAGGUAACACAAUCCUAGAUUAAGUCAAAAUUCAGGUAGGUUUAUCAAAAACAAAGUCAUUUAUAGCGUUUUGAGAGUACACUGGUUGCAUGAUUUUUCCUUUCUUUUCCAAUAUUCCAAAUACCAAUAUUGGAAUAUUAGUAGAUAGUUUAACUAUUCCCGUUGUUACUGUUUUUGAUUACGAAUAAAAUCCCAUUCAACUUU